AGAGGAAACACUCACUGAGGAAGUAAUGUGUCAAGAUUGACAAGCUGUGUUAUAAGAACUACUCAUCGACAUAAAACAUAGAGAUCGUUUUAAUGCCAAAAUGGAGGUUGAUUUGCCCUUGUUGAAGUCUCCAAAAGGUCUACUGAAAAUAUCAGAAAUGGUAUGUGUUUUUGUGGCUUUUGUGUGUUAUGCAGUGGCAUCUAGGUCGCCCUACAUUGCAGCGACAUGCAUGGAAUUUUUAAUCACACUUGGUUUUCUUCUGCUCUACCUACUGAAACUCAACAAGAUGUUCACUCUCUUCGUCUGGCCUCUUAUUGAUGUGUUCAACUCGUUCUUUGCAGCUGCACUGAUGUGUAUUCUUAGCCUGGUAGCAGUUUCUACAUACACAGUGAAGGGCACUUUGAGCGGAGGGAUCGUGGGUUUUGUAGCUGCAGCCUUGUGGUCUUUGGAUGGCUAUAUCCUUUUCAAAAAAAUCACAUUCAACAAGCCAAGAACCAGCCCAGAGGCCCAAACAGGGAACAAUUAAAGCUUUACAGGACCAACUGUCUCAUUUUGUGAGCGGACCUAUUUUGUAAAACCAAAAUAAGAUUGUAAAAUACUUAUAUAGGUAUAAUGUAUUCAUUAUUAUUAUUAUUAUUAUUAUUAUUAUUAUUAUUAAAUAGAGUUGCCACUCUGUCCUGUGAACUAAAGUGUCCAGAACUGUCUCUGGGAAUGCAUGUUGCUUUAAUACACAUAAGUGUGCAAAAUGAUGAAACCUAUCCACAAAUAUUCACCACUCAAAAUAAAUUCCUCCAUAAAUUGAGCAUGUUGUUAUUGUCUCAACAAAUAAUUUUCUUGUUCUCAAAGUAAAAAUGCACUUUGUCUGAAAGAUUGUUGUUAUCCAAAGUUACUAAUUUAAUGUAUUUUCCCAAUCAUGACAAUUGUAGGCUAUUCAAAUGCAUUCAUGACUUAUGCCUUAUGCCUUUUUUUUCAUGGUAGACUUUUAAACUCAUUCUGAAAGCGUUAUAUGUUAUUAUGAACAACACGUGACGCUAACUAAAGUUAAGAAGUUUCAAAAACAGUUUUGAAGGAUUAAAAGGGGCUUGAAGGCUGACCCCGAACAGUGAAUGAGAUGAGAUCUGUUCAGUCGUGCAGUUGUUGUACAGCAGAUCUCUCCGUCCUGUGAGAGAUCGCCCACAUUCUCUGUUCACUGAGCUAGUAACAGUCUCCAGAUUUCGGGAAUGCAGAUCGUUUCCGCACUGUCAUGAUUUC